AUGGCAUCGUUUUUGACUUGGAAAUCUCUCUCUUACAUUCUCUUCUGCAUACUUUUGACUCAUGUCCAGGCUCUGAACGACACAAAUGCUACAGGCACCACAGACUUUUCAGCAGUGGUUCUGAGUGAUGAAGCAGCCUUCGGUGUCUGUGUCUACCCUACGAGCGGGAGUUAUUCCUUUCUCAGCAGGAUACUCUACUACUGCACCCUGGUCUUCUCCCUAUUCUCCAGAACUCACCUCUGGCUCGUCGUUGGCGCCCUAGCAUCUGCCCUUACCUACUCCGGCGCGGCAGCUAUCCACGCAUGCCUCCUGACAUGGAGAGGCCCGAAUCCGUACAUUGAAAAUGACGGCUGGUCACUUCUGACGAUCCUGACAACGGCCAGCCUUAUAACGGUCCCUCUGCUCAACUGGAGCGGUACUUUACGAAGGUUGGGAGCAAAGGUCGCAGCGCUGAAAGAUGGAAAAAAGGGCGGACACACACAGAGCGAAGUCGGCACCCGGACAAUAGUGGUUUACUGGGCUUUGCUCGUGCUGGUUGGCUUCAUUUGCGCCUGGAACCAAUCUUACUGGGGUGAAGGCGAGACAAAUAUGGAGUACCCGGAAAUGAGCAAAGUCAUGUGCCGUCCAGGCACGAAUGCCAGUAUGAUCCGAUCGCACAAUGGGACGCUGGUUCGGAGGGCAAUUGACCGCAAUUUCAUCAUGCAAAAUGGGUGCAGCAAUCCUUGCGACCAAAUCGAUAUCCCCUCUAUCUUUCGCCAACAACAGGACCUGCAGCUUAUGAGCGUGACCGAAAGUCUGCUGUGGAACGGAAGCUAUCCGUCCGAAGGAUACAAAACCGCCGAAAAAACAAUAGACGCGCAGAACAGGCUUCUGAAGAUGUAUUUUUACGCCCUGCCUUUCAUUCUUCUGCAAGGUUUCAUCACCAUGUUCUUUGGUCGCCGCGAUCCUCGUGAGAUUCGGGACUUGAUAUAUUUCAAAAUGUACAUGGAGAGAGAUGGACGGCAUGGUGACAAAUGCGAAUGUCUACAUGAGGUCGGACGGAAGUCAAAAAGCCGACAGAAGCAUGAAUGCCACCAUGAAGUAGAGUGCCAGUGCGACUACAAAUGUAGACUUCUGGACGGGAAGAGACCCCCUGUCAGAGUUAUACAAGAUUGGACGGCAAGGGUUGUGGCAUUUCUCUCCUACAUUAUCUCCGUUCUGAUGGUAAUCAUAUGUCCACCCUUCUUCGUGAUCCUCGUUUUCCUCCACGAAUGGGGUGGCUACAUCGAGAUCCCCGACGCAGAGAUGCCAAAAGCCGUCGGACAAUGGUCUCCAUGGGCCGUGGCCGGACAAGCAAUCUGUGCAGCAUUGAUCGGAAAGUACCACGACAAAGUGAUGAUCCAACUUGGCAAACUCUACCGAUGGAUCAAGAAGACCUGCUUCCACCCACUUCUCUCCAAAUAUCUUCUCGCACCCGCUGAACCAAUCCGACGGCGGGAUAGGCGACGAAAUCAAGAACUUCCUGUCCUGGUGCAAAGACCCGCAGGCCGUGUCGAGGAAAGUGGUGCGCUACCCGCUACGGCCGAUGGAUGGGCAGACCGUGAAGGAGCGGGCGGAGCUGAGGGGGAGAGUGAGGGGAGUGACCGUGGGUUCUUUAGGGCGGCGAGUGUGAGGAGGCCGAGUUUGAGGGAUCAGGGAGUUAUCGAGAGGGAUAUGGCGAAGGUGAGGGUUCAGCCGUUGGGGGGAGGGAGAGGGGAGAUGGAGAAGGUUGAGGAGGAACGGCAUGAUCGGUAUCAUUCUGACGAUUGA